AUGAACUCCCUCCUCAACCCCUCCACCCUCCCCGCAGCCCUAAUCACCAUCUACAUCGCCCAAACAGUCCUCUCCUUCCUGCAUAACCUCCAUCUCAUCCGCAAGACCUGCCCUUCUCUCCCGCGCAUUGCCUUCCCCAUCUCCGAAGCAAACCUGCUGUACCUCCUGCUCUUCGAGUCCCGCUGGUUCAACUAUGUCCGACGCUACUGGUUGCCCACCGGUGUUGCGGACUAUAUUGCCGACGCGGCGUUCCGGGGACGAUGGGAUGUCAAGGAUAGACUGGCGAGAAAACACGGAGGCGUUUAUAUCUCGGUUACUCCUGGCCUGGUGAGUUGUCAUGUUGGGGAUGCGGAUGUUGUGAGUCAGGUUGUUAAAGAUCGGAAGGGGUUUGUAAAACCCGUGGAGCAUUUGAAGGCGUUUGAUAUGUACGGACCUAGCGUGUUUACCUCGGAAGGAAGUCAGUGGGCAUACCACCACCGGUACACAGCCGCCGCAUUCAACGACAAAAAUAACAGCCUGGUUUGGAAGGAGAGUAUCACUCAGGCGCGGGAGAUGACAGCAUGCUGGGAAGAGAAGUACAAGGGUAAAGCCAGAUCCGGUCAACAAUUUACCGUCACAGAUACGCGAGAGGACAUUCUCAAGCUCUCCCUGAAUAUUAUAUGCGGUGCCGGCUUUGGAGUAAGUCUGCCCUAUAAGCCCGCACCGCAGGACGAAAGUGACAACACGAAGAGUUUGUUCAAAGACGCAACUACCCCAGCGGCAGGGUACAGUUAUACCUUCCGCGGCGUGAUGGAGUAUAUGAAUCGCUCUAUGACAUCUGUCUUUGUGGCCAACGGGCUCCUGCCGAGGUGGAUUCCUCGCUGUUUGGUGCCGUUCUUCAAAAACGAUUUCGCUGCGCAUGAGAACCUAAAGCAGUAUCUGCAUGCGUUGGUCGGUGACGCUGAGAAGUCGGAUCAUGAGAUGCAUAACUUGUUAGGAAGGCUUGUUGCAGCACGAAGAGAGGAUCAGGCGGCAAUGGCCAGGGAUGGACGCGGCCCUGGCCUCUCUGACACAGAGAUUCUUGGAAACACGUAUAUAUUCUCGCUUGCAGGCCACGAGACUACCGCGACCACACUGCGUUUUGCCUUGGCUCUUCUUGCUAUCCACCAGGAUGUUCAGGAUAAGUUGUAUGCGGAAUUGCGGGAGGUUCUGUGUGACCAACCCACCGGCCCGGCUGGGUGGGAAUACUCUGCUGUAUUUCCGAGGCUAGUCACUCCGCUGUGUAUCAUGUUGGAAACCCUUCGUCUGUAUCCCCCGGUUGGAAGUAUCCCAAAGCUGACGGCCACGCACGGUGCGGAUAUCAUGUACAAGGGAGAGCGACAUCACCUACCCCCCAACGUGCGAGUCAACCUCAACGCGAAUGCACUCCACUACUUGGAGGAAUACUGGGGCCCACAUGCGGGCAGUUUCAAUCCUGAACGUUGGGACAAACGCAACACCCACAGUUUCCUCGCGAAAAAUGAAGACACCGAAGGCCUUUCUGGGCCAGGAUUGGAGUCAGCCGACAUUCAUAAGCCAGUUCGAGGCUCAUUCAUUCCCUUUAGCGACGGGCUGAGGGCAUGCAUCGGAAGGAAGUUCGCUCAGGUGGAGUUCAUUGCUACACUCGCUGUCCUCUGCCAUGAAUAUCGAGUGACGUCGGCUAGGAUAGGAGGAGAAUCCGAAGACGAUGCAAGUAGACGGGUGGAGAACGCUUUGCGCGGAAGCUCGACAACGCUCACCCUUGCCCUAGGAGGCAAAAUACCGCUAGCCUUCGCGAAGAGAGACAGUGUGUAA